CAGUGGAGCAGGGGCUUUCAUUCACAGCUUUCUAGAGAAAUAUGAGCCCGCACCUGGCAGAAUAAGAGAUCUCACCCACCCAGCUCAGCAACGAGGACACUUGCAGAAACACAUUUCCAAAGCAAGGUUGGGCGGCCAUGUGAAGUAAGUGAUGGCCUCGGUUUUGCUUCUCUCUUGGAUGGCAGCUACCACGUAGGGCCUGAAUGUCCUACUGCUCUUCAGGAACGGGAAGAAGAUUCCUGCUUUGUUUUUGUGUUUUGGUGGCAAUCUUGCAAAAACACUGUUGAAUGGGUCGCUAUUUCAACAGAGCAUCAGAUGAAUGGGACCGGUCUCUCUUCUUUCAGAAUAUCAGAAAUUAAGCAUUUGGACAGGAGAUUUGGCCAACAUGACCCACCUACAGGCUGGCCUCAGUCCAGAAACAAUAGAGAAAGCGCGCCUGGAACUGAAUGAGAACCCUGAUGUUUUACAUCACGAUGUUCAGCAAGUCAGGGACAUGAUCAUCACCAGGCCUGACAUUGGGUUUUUACGAACCGAUGAUGCCUUCAUUCUGAGGUUUCUCCGAGCCAGAAAGUUUCACCAAGCAGAUGCCUUUAGACUCUACGCUCAGUACUUCCAGUACCGUCAGCUAAACCUGGACAUGUUCAAAAACUUCAAGGCAGAUGAUCCUGGCAUUAAGAGGGCUCUGAUUGAUGGGUUUCCUGGAGUGCUGGAAAGCCGAGAUCACUACGGCAGGAAGAUCCUUCUGCUGUUUGCAGCCAAUUGGGAUCAGAGUAGGAACGCCUUCACAGACAUCUUGCGGGCCAUCCUGCUCUCACUGGAAGUCCUUAUUGAAGAUGCAGAGCUUCAGAUAAAUGGUUUCAUUUUAAUUAUAGACUGGAGUAAUUUUUCCUUCAAACAAGCCUCCAAACUAACACCUUCCAUCCUCAAACUGGCCAUUGAAGGGUUACAGGACAGCUUUCCCGCCCGCUUUGGAGGAGUCCAUUUUGUCAACCAGCCCUGGUACAUCCACGCCCUCUACACACUCAUCAAGCCGUUCCUUAAAGACAAGACAAGGAAAAGGAUUUUCCUGCAUGGGAACAAUUUAAAUAGCCUUCACCAGCUGAUACACCCUGAAUUUUUGCCCUCUGAAUUUGGAGGAACUCUUCCACCUUAUGAUAUGGGGACAUGGGCUCGGACAUUGCUUGGUCCUGAUUACAGCGAUGAAAAUGACUAUACUCACACUUCCUAUAAUGCAAUUCAUGUGAAACAUAUGUCCUCUAAUCUGGAGAGAGAAUACUCCCCUAAUCCGAUGAAAAGGUCUCAGUCUGUGGUCGAAGCUGGGACCCUGAAACAUGAGGAAAAGGGAGAGAGCGAGAACACCCAGCCACUCCUGGCGCUGGACUGAACCCAAGUCAUCUAGAGGGUCUCCCCUGCGUCAGCCUUCAGGGCGCCCGCCACCCAGGAAGCGCACCUGCGGCCAUCCAGCUUGACUCACACCCUCCACUCUGCCAUCCGAGAAUGAAUGUCAUCAGUCAUCGGUCCAAGAUGCCAAAACUGAGUAAAGACUUGAGAGAUGCUCUUUUCCAGACGGAUUGGAGGAUGAACCAAGAGUCCCCUCCUUCCCUUUUUCUGCUAUUAAGUGAACUGAAAAAGAAGACUACAUUUUGUUGCAUACUCUACAUUAGGACUCUCCGGACACACUGCACAAAGAGCCUCUCUCCAGAAUUUGCUAAUCAGAUUAAGUGCAUUUUCAAGUCUACACAUCUGAAUGAAAUUGUGCAGGCACAAUUGCCAAGUUUAAUUUAGUGCAAAGCCCCAAGACCAUGGCUUUGCUGAUAAUUUUAUUAUUGAAUAUUUUCUCUGACCUCAUCACUAGCAUCAAAUUAUCCAGCUUGUAUGUUCUCAUAGCUUGGGCUAUUUGCAGACUUUGAUCCUGCAAAGUGAUUUUUACAUAUCAUUUACUAGGCUAUACCAACUUACUAUAAUAAGCUGACUUUAACAAUAGAUACCCGCAAUCUGAAAUAGGGAUUACUUCAUCUUAAUAGUGUGGUUUCACACAGGCUUCCCAAGAACCCAUUAUUCCAGAAUGUGUUUGCAGAGAUGAGAAUUUAAUUGAAAACACAUUUGUUCAGUGACAAAUGAACAAAUGAUUCUACUUAAAUUAUAACACUUGAGGCACCACUGUAGCAAAAGAAAGAGCUACCAAACCACUUAACCCCAGCCCUCUUGCAACUAGUUAAAUAUGUGGAGAAAAGGGUUGCUGUUGCUGAGUGUAAAUAUUCAAUCACGGUGUACUCUGAAAGGAAUCGAUACAUAAAAAAGUAGUGAAAAUAAGACUAGGAGCGCAGGAUGAAAUGCCAAAGAUAAUUUUAUUUCUUUAUUCUCCUUAGAAGUGGUGUCUCCACUACUCAUUCAAAAGAAAUUAGAUUAAAAAUAAACAGGUAUCAUAGGUUA